AUGUCCAUCUUCAAGGAACUGCGACGGCGAUCAAAGGCCAGCUUUCGGACUAACGCCUCCAGCGAACAGUCCAAUGGAGACAUGGCCUCGGGAAAAUCCUCUUCGACUAUCGAGACGUCGUCCAGCUCGACGCCUCCAUCAUCCAUCAAGCCCGAUCUGUCCUCUCAAAAUCUUCCCGCAUUGAGCCAGACCAGCAGUAAUACCAAUGCUUCGAUUGCUGCCUCGCCUCUUCCGCAACGUCCAGUACCGCUCACAUCUCAAUCGACCAGGAACAAUGCCCAGACCGGCGGCUCAUUCAGCAGCAAUGGAACCUGGAGAUCGCCUCCUCCGAGCUCUCCUUACGCUCCGAGAAUUCUUUCCAUUUCAGAAAACUCAUGGGUGCACCAAAAGGUCCUACUGAUCUAUGGCCAAAUCGCAGACCCCAGGCAGCACGUGCUGGACGGGACCUUGACGGUCUAUCAUAACCAGGAUACGUUCCCUGCAACAAGCUGGCCGGUUUCGGAAUCGCAUUUCAAGGCCCUUGUUCAUCUGGUGCCUGGGCCCAACAGGCUGCGAUUUGAUUUUACGACACCUAAGCUAUCCGCUGGAGCUGCUCAUUCCUCCUGGAUGAGUAUCAAUUACCUUCCAUUGGUGAAUACGCCCCCACUGGACUUGGUGAUUCUUAUGGGAAAGGAUUCAAACGGUACUUUUGACGCUGUCCCAGAGAGGAUACAGAGGGAGGGCAAUGGGCUCGAGACGGCUAUCCGAAAGUACCGUAUGGCUGCUUAUCUGUGGCAAGCAUUCACUGGGGAACAGAUGUUUCGAAACAAUUUCGGAAGACGAUGUUUCCGAUUCGAAGAGGAGUUUCAGCCCGGAACUAUUAGUUGCCGCGACGCGGAGUCUGGCCAGAUGAGGAAUGAAGCGAGAAUUCAUAUAGUGCGAACCCAGAAGACGGUGGCGGAAUUGAGGGACCUAAACAUUGCGCAGCAGUACGGUCCUGCGACUAGAAAGGACGAGCUCUUCAAUAUCGCCAAAGACGCGGUGCGCGAUUAUUUCAGGGUCCAGCCAGGACAGAAGCGUUAUGUUUCUGUCUUGCUCCUAGACGCCCAUUGGGAUAAGAAUGCUCAGACAAUCACAGGACACGCGGCUCUUGGUUCAGCUGGAGGUGAGAUUAAGAUGGCUAUUUUCGGCUCUCACAAUCUACAGAGCUAUCCUUCCUGCAUGGAAGAGGUUGUCAGUGCAUUCACGGAUUGUACUCGAACAGAUACAAACUAUGUGGCCAAUGACUGCGGUGAAUCCGGCAGUAACUGGGAAGCUGCCAAUAUCGGUAUAGGAGCCCACCUCCACGAGGUCGGUCAUCUCUUCGGAUGCCCUCACCAAGAGUCCGGUGUAAUGCUUCGUGAUUACGUUCGACUCAACAGAACAUUUAGCAUUCGCGAGUCGUUUUCCACUCGCACAAAGUCCCAGGGAUUGAAGGUCUGUCUGCCUGCUGAUGAGUGUGCGUGGCAUCGACUCGACGCCUUGCGUUUCCGAUUCCAUCCCUCCUUCCGGUUACCGAGUGACGCUCCCUGCAGCUAUGACGACAGUGUCCAAGUUUGGCCGGUCGAUAACGGGAAGAUCCUGAUUACUGCAGCUUCCGGUGUUGCGUUUUUGGAGAUUUAUGCAGAGGGUGAUGACACCUGUCACUCUUUUAUCGAAUUUGUGAAUGGUGAAACGGGCAACUGCCCCAUAUCCAAGCAGGUCACGAUCACGGAAGGUGAGCUACGACAGCGUGUUCCUGAAGAGAAGAAAAAGAAGGCGAUAAGGUUGGAGAUUUUCUCUGGUGGACUUGGCAGACAUACUGUGCAUGAUCUGGGGGCACUAAAGUCGAAACAUUCCUUGGUGAAGCUACCUAAUGGGCAGCCCGGAUAUAAGGGCAGCAAACUGGGCUUCUCCCAGAUGGAUGGCACUCAACCACAAGAAAUCAUUCUGGAAUGCGCUAAACAGACGAAGUUGUUAACGUCCGUAAAGAUCUACCACGGGUAUGCGUUGGAUGGUAUCGAAUUCUGCUAUGAAGAUCGCACCAGCCAGCUGUUUGGAAAGAGAGGGGGAAAGCCAGGUGGUGAUGAAUUCGUGCUCGCAGACACACGUCGUGGAGAGAGUAUACUCGGUUUCUACGUUAGAGCUGGUCUCUGGAUUGAUGGCAUCGAAAUACUCACCAGCCUGGGAAGAAAGUCAGGCGUGUUUGGUAAUGCCAGGGGCGGAUCAGGGCAUACUUUGAUACCACCCCGUGGCUUUCGGAUAGUCGGAGUUUCGGGGUCAUGCGGAGCUUGGGUUGACGGCUUCUCCUUAAUAAUUUCCCGUUAAUAUUGUGCUUGGAUAGCAACUAUAUGUCUCGGUACGGGAUCGACGCAUUUAUCUGACAUGCCAUGUCAUGCCAGCGGAGCAAGCACUUCUUGACUUGCCCUUCGAACCCUAGCAUUUUCACUAUUGCGUCUUCGAUGGGACACAGCAUGGCGUCACCACUGCAGGGGCUUUCGUCCUACUACUACUGCGGUCUUGUCUCAGGUAUUGCGGUUGCCCUCGGGCUUACUUCGAAGAGACUCGUUCUUUGGUUGUUUUUCCAUGUGUCCCGCCAUGAUACCAUACAUCUAUACCGGGCGUUGUCCACUCCUUUUUGUUUUCUCCUUUGGACAGCGAAGUCAAACUUCAAAGACAAGGGAUACGAUUCAUGAUUCUAAAGGGUCUUCGGGUUGUGCUCAACUUCUAUGUAUACGGG